CACGCCCGUCUCCGGCUGAAGAAGCACGGCGCUUUCCUCUGCCCUGAUCUGCCUGGGUCCACCUCUUCCUUCUUCCCGCCCCUUUGCUAUCCUCACAGCCGAGGCGCUUGUCGGCUUCUCCGGCUUUUCCCUCACCAGCAUGCAGGUUUUCCAGUACCCCGAGGUGUUCCGCGACGAGACCUCCGUAGAUGACUAUCACGGCUGCAAGAUAUGUGACCCUUAUAAUUGGCUUGAAGAUCCUGACAGUGAACAAACAAAAGCAUUUGUAGAAGCCCAAAAUAAAAUAACUGUGCCCUUCCUUGAACAAUGCAGUGUCCGGGGGCUAUUUAAAGAGCGAAUGACUGAACUAUAUGACUAUCCCAAGUAUAGUUGCCAUUUCAAGAAAGGGAAAAGGUAUUUUCACUUUUAUAAUUCUGGACUUCAAAACCAACGAGUGUUAUAUGUGCAAGAUUCUUUGGAUACUGAUGGCAGAGUAUUUCUUGAUCCUAAUAAGCUUUCAGAUGAUGGCACUGUGGCUUUACGAGGUUUUGCAUUCAGUGAAGAUGGGGAAUAUUUUGCAUAUGGCUUGAGUUCCAGUGGAUCAGACUGGGUAACGAUUAAAUUUAUGAAGGUGGACAGUGCUGAAGAACUUCCAGAUACAUUGGAAAUGGUAAAAUUCAGUUGUAUGGCUUGGACACAUGAUGGCAGAGGCAUGUUCUACAAUUCUUACCCCAAAAGCGACGGCAAAAGUGAUGGCACUGAAACAUCAACCAAUUUGCACCAGAAACUAUACUAUCAUGUCCUGGGAACCGACCAGUCAAAAGAUGUUUUAUGUGCCGAAUUUCCUCAUGAGCCAAAAUGGAUGGGUGGAGUGGAGGUAUCUGAUGAUGGGCAGUAUGCUUUGCUUUCUAUACGGGAGGGAUGUGAUCCAGUGAACAGAUUGUGGUACUGUAAACUACAGAAGGAAUCAAGUAAUAUAACAGGUCUUUUGCAAUGGGUGAAACUGAUAGACAACUUUGAUGCAGAAUAUGAAUAUGUCACCAAUGAGGGAACAAUUUUCUCCUUCAAGACAAAUCGACAUGCUCCAAACUAUCAAUUAAUCAACAUUGAUUUUACUGAACCUGAGGAAUCAAAAUGGAAAGUGCUGAUUCCUGAGCAUGGAAAAGAUGUUCUAGAAUGGGUGGCAUGUGUUAGAUCCAACUUCCUAGUCUUGUGUUACCUGCAUGAUGUGAAGAAUGUCCUGCAGCUUCAUGACCUGGCAACUGGUGCCCAUAUCAAGACCCUUCCAUUAGAUGUUGGCAGCAUUGUUGGAUAUAGUGGACAAAAAAAGGAUAGUGAAAUAUUUUAUCAAUUUACUUCCUUCUUAUCACCAGGUAUUAUUUACCAUUGUGAUCUGACCAAAGAAGAAUUAGAGCCAAGAGUUUUCCGAGAAAUUAGCGUAAAAGGAUUUGAUCCUUCAGCUUAUCAAACUGUGCAGGUCUUUUACCCAAGCAAAGAUGGCACCAAGAUACCAAUGUUUAUUAUCUACAAAAAAGGAAUCAAAUUGGAUGGGUCCCAUCCUGCCUUCCUUUAUGGUUAUGGUGGCUUCAACAUAUCUAUCACACCAACCUAUUGUGUAUCAAGGCUUAUUUUUAUAAGGCACCUAGGUGGUAUUCUAGCUGUGGCUAAUAUCAGGGGAGGUGGCGAAUAUGGCGAGACCUGGCACAAAGGUGGAAUCUUGGCCAAUAAACAAAACUGCUUUGAUGAUUUCCAGUCUGCAGCUGAGUAUCUUGCCCAAGAGGGAUAUACAUCUCCAAAAAAGCUGACUAUUAAUGGAGGUUCAAAUGGAGGCCUCUUAGUUGCUGCCUGUGCCAACCAGCGGCCAGAUCUAUUUGCCUGUGUGAUUGCUCAGGUUGGAGUGAUGGAUAUGCUAAAGUUCCACAAAUUCACUAUUGGUCAUGCGUGGACUACAGAUUUUGGCUGCUCAGAUUAUAAAGAACAAUUUGAUUGGCUGCUCAAAUAUUCUCCUCUUCACAAUAUCAAGAUACCAGAAGGUGAUGGAGUUCAAUAUCCUGCAAUCUUACUUCUUACAGCUGAUCACGAUGACCGAGUGGUGCCUCUUCAUUCCUUGAAGUUCAUUGCUUCUCUGCAACAUAUUGUAGGUCGAAGCCCCAAACAAAUCAAUCCAUUACUAAUUCAUGUUGACACCAAAGCUGGUCAUGGUGCAGGCAAGCCAACAGCCAAGGUUAUAGAGGAAGCAUCUGACAUGUAUGCCUUUAUAGCAAGAUGCCUAAAUCUUGAGUGGAUAGAAUAGAUUAUUACUGUUUCAGUUAGAACUCAAGGGCUUUAACAACAUUUUAAAACAAACACUGCACUCAGUGUAGUACUUACAUUUAAGGACUGCCGCUCUCGGCUUCCCGUGAACUUGAUAUCCAUUUUACUUCUGUUUGGUGUUUACUUUGCCUCCUCAUUUUAGUUUCAGUCGUACAUUUUAAAUAGCAUGUUCCGAUAAAUAGACAGAUUGCAGAUAAUGCUGUUACGUGGGUUCUUAAAGAGUCAAAAUGUUGGUGAUGAAUAUUCAUACACAAUGGUUUUAAUGUAUUUUCCCCUUGUCAAGAUAUCUGGCUCACUUGUAAUUAAAUGUAAGUAUUGUUCCAGUAUACACUGUCAAGUUGUAUUUUCUUUGCAAACCAGGUAAUCCCAAACAUUGAGAUUACUGCCAGUGUUCCUCCAUUAAAACAGUUGUACUACAAAGACUGAA